AUGAAGGACACCGACAGCAAUUCCGAGCGCAGUCCCGAACUACGGCGCAACUUUUCCACUUGGUCGAUGCUUGGCUUGGCCUUUGCAGUGCUGAAUUCGUGGACAGCUCUCUCGGCCAGUUUAUCAAUCAGUCUGACAUCCGGGGGAAGCACAAGUGUUGUCUGGGGUCUGGUCACCGCUGGCAUAUGUAACCUGUGCAUUGCCGCAUCGCUGGCCGAGUUUCUUUCUGCCUACCCUUCGGCGGGUGGGCAAUAUCAUUGGGUCGCAGUGUCAUGGCCGAAAUGGGUCCCGAUCUUGUCUUGGAUCACGGGUUGGAUCAAUGUCGCCGGAUGGGUCGCUCUCGUCGCGACAAACUCGCUCCUCUCCAGCCAAUUGAUCAUGGGAAUCAUAGCUUCGCUGCAUCCGAGCUUCGAAAGUCAACGCUGGCAGCAAUUCCUCGUAUAUAUCGGCUUUACACUUGGGGCGUUUGUGAUUAAUGCAUUUGGGAAUUCUAUAUUGCCAACAGUUUAUCGCGGUGCUUUUAUCUGGUCGAUUGGUGGUUUCGCCGUUGUAUCUAUCACAAUCCUUGCCUGCGCUUCUCCAGACUAUAACUCGGCAUAUUUCGUAUUCUGUGAUUUUGUGAACAAAACAGGAUGGCCCGAUGGAAUCGCGUGGUUGCUGGGACUAUUGCAAGGAGGACUCGGAGUGACUGCAUUUGACUCCGUGGCCCAUAUGAUCGAGGAAAUCCCCAAUCCCCGCAGCGAAGGACCAAAAGUAAUGGUAUAUUGCGUUGGCAUUGGCACUUUCACCGGAGCCGUCUUUCUCAUAGUAUUGCUGUUCGUUGCCGGUGAUAUCAAUGCAAUUACCAGCUCGAAGGCCGGGCCUUUGUUACAGAUUCUUAUCCACGCGACGAAUAAUACUGCCGGGGCUAUUUGUCUGUUGAUGCUGCCGCUCGUUUGUCUUGCGUUUGCGACAACUAGUGUUAUGACGACGAGUAGUCGGAUGAUUUAUGCUUUUUCCAGGGAUGGUGGAUUGCCGGCAUCGCGAUGGCUCGCUCAGGUCCACCCUCGAUUGGGAUUGCCAUUGAACGGACUCAUUCUCACGACGGCUGUCGUGAUUAUUUUCGGCUUGAUCUUCUUGGGGUCUUCAAGCGCAUUCAACGCCAUCGUAUCCUCAUCGGUCGUCGCCCUGGACCUAUCUUAUGCAAUGCCCAUCGCCGUCAACUGCCUCCGCGGCCGGAAUCUUCUCCCCCCGCGAGCAUGGCAUUUACCGUCUGGUAUGGGGUGGCUGGCGGAUAUCCUUGGCUUGUCAUAUAUCGCCCUGACAACGGUGCUGUUUUUGUUUCCGCCUGGACGGCCGGUUACUGGGAGUAGCAUGAAUUAUUGUAUUGUUGCCUUCGCCAUUAUUGUUAUUAUCUCGGUAGGUCACUGGAUUAUACAUGGGCGGAAGCAUUUUACCGGACCUCGUGAAAUAUCAUCGUAA